AUGAUGCUGAUAUUCGCUGUCACAUUUGGCUCUGGGACGUACACGAGGUCAACACAGCCGCCGUCAGGUAAUCUUAUAGGAAAUGGACGGUGUCUCCUUACAAAAGAAACUCAUCGCUUCGAGUGGGAGUCGUCUUAUGUCAAAAAGACCCUCAUCCGGUACUUGAUGUCCACCCCGCAGGCUAAAUUGACGCCGGCACGAGUAAGGAAGGCAGCCAAGAAAAUAGAAAAGAGAUUUGGUGCAAGCAGCCAUGAGGUGAACACAACCCUGACGGAGGCUCCUACAACACUGACGGAGGCUCCCACAACACUGACGGAGGCUCCUACGACACUGACGGAGGCUCCCACAACACUGACGGAGGCUCCUACGACACUGACGGAGGCUCCCACAACACUGACGGAGGCUCCUACAACACUGACGGAGGCUCCUACGACACUGACGGAGGCUGACUCCCAACACUGA